AUGAAUGCAGAGGAUGCACUACUUCCAUGGUCCGCUCAGCGAAUUCUUUCCUGCAUUGAAAUUAAACUGGAGUAUCGUGCGGAAUUACUUGCCACUGCAAGUCGUCUGCCGGACGUCGCCGCAAGGACUUUGUUAUGCCCUCUCUUUUCACACCGCUUACUGCAUCAGUUCACGCAUUCCUCUGCCUUUGGUAUUAUUUCCUCGAUGUGCAAUCAUGCACUGACGCUUCAACAACGCCAAGAAGAAGAGACUAGGGGCGGCAGCUGGAAUGGAGACACACACAGCAGGAACGGUACUGAAGACGAAGUCACCUUUGCUGCCAGAAUCACGAGCAAUGUAUUGGAAAAUUCAACGGUGAAUUUAGAGGCUGCGCUGCUUCCGCUCAUUGCUAAUUCGCAAGGGCACUUACUAACUACCUUGAAGAAACGGUUGCACGAGGCAGAAGAAAGUUCUUUUGUUGUUAAUUCUUAUGAGGAAUGUAAACCCUCCAUGCCCGCUCGAAGGAGACUAACUCUAGUGCCCCAAAGGAAAAAAAUGGAAAGAGCUCGUGAACAAAUGAAUUUGCCUUACCGAUACAUUUUUUCAGCAGCCAUGGCCUCAGUAACCAAUGUGGCACGAGGUGCGAGUGUUCACGACCGCCGUGAAUUGUUGUUAAGGUUGGGAGAUACACCAGUUCCGUUUCAGGUGCGGUCACGUGAAGAAGUGAGGCAACAGUUGCGAGGACAAAAGGCUUUGGAGACGAGUAUGACGGUAGUUCUUCCAGAACAUGCACAUGCGGUUCCGUUGCCACCUUGGAAGCGGCAGCGAACAGAAGCGGAGGAAAUUACUGACAAGGAAAUUCCUACUGUUCAACCCACGGCAGCUAGUUCUACAACCUCGAGUUUUUCACAAGCAUCUCUUGUAAAUGCAACCUGGGUAAAAGAGGGAGAGCUCGUGCUCGUCAACGGUCGCCUCGUUCAUCGUGAUGCGAAGAAACAAGUUGAAAAUGGUAUCAGGGAGGAGAAAACGAGUACUUUGGCGACAGAAGAAGAACUAGGCUCUGUGGAUACUUCAGAAUCGACAAUAUCUGGUAAAAAGAAAGAUUUGACAGAGAAGUAUGCGCGGAAAAAGAGAAUGCCCAAUGCUGAGCAUGGUUCUUCUAACUCUGUAAAAGUUGGUACAGUGAACACCCAAGGCGUGCCAUUGAAGUCCAGAGAAGAACUUUUGGCGUUAGUGAGAUCUCUUCAAGUCUCGGAUGUUCUGCGGGCGGCCUUUUUGAUUGGGUUAAAUGAUCAUGACGCCGCUAACAUGGAGAAGGGAACGAAGUGA